GGGCACAACAUUUUCGAGGAAUUUUGGGAAUGUUGCAGUUGAUCUGAAAUAUCCACAGUGCCUCUGAAGAAAAGAACACUCAGGGAAUGUUUACAGCUGGAUAUUUUUAAUGUUCAUGAGAUGUCUCCUAGAACUGCUCUCCUGAUGCCAUGGAUAUUCUGCUUCUUAAAGCACUGGUGUUGGUCUUGGUCAGUUGUUUUACCGGGCUUCUUUACUACCACCCCAGCCUUACUUUUAAGUGGGAAAGAGCAAUUUUCAAAAAACCAAAUUUCAUAGUAAUUUUGGCAGACGAUAUUGGAUGGGGAGAUUUUGGAGCCAACUGGGACGUAAAAAAAGGCACACCUAAUUUGGAUAAGAUAGCCCAAGAAGGAAUGAGAUUUGUAGAUUUCCAUUCAGCUGCAUCUACCUGUUCCCCAUCACGUGCUUCUCUGCUUACAGGACGUCUCGGCCUUCGUAAUGGCGUCACCCAUAAUUUUGCUAUGACUUCAGUGGCAGGCCUUCCAUUGAACGAGACAAUAUUGGCAGAAGUUCUGAAAGAAGCUGGCUACCUCACUGCUAUGAUAGGGAAAUGGCACUUGGGACAUCAUGGCUCUUUCCAUCCCAGUUUUCGUGGUUUUGAUUUUUAUUUUGGGAUACCAUAUAGUCCUGAUAUGGGCUGUACUGACACUCCAGGUUAUAACCUCCCUCCCUGCCCAGCUUGUCCCAGAUGCUCCACAACAGUCAGUAACCAUCAGACAAACUGCUAUCCUGAAGUUGCACUUCCUCUUUUUGAAAACCUUACAAUUGUCCAACAGCCUGUAAACUUAACUGCCUUAGCUACAAAGUAUACAGAAAAAGUUAUUCAUUUCAUCCACUAUGCCAGCCAGAAAGGCCUCCCUUUCUUCCUGUAUCUUGCUCUGGCUCAUAUGCACGUGCCUUUGGUCUUGUCUGAGGCACCUUGGAAUCAAUCUUGCCAAGAUCCCUAUGGAACAUACUUGAAGGAAAUGGAUGCUUUGGUGGGACGGGUCAAGGAUGCAGUUGACAGCACAGGAAAGGAAGAUACAUUCCUCUGGUUUACAGGAGACAAUGGUCCUUGGUCUGAAAAAUGUGACUAUGCAGGAAGUGUUGGUCCAUAUACAGGGAUGUGGCAAAGAACAAAAGGUGGUAGCUCAGCAAAACAGACAACGUGGGAAGGGGGACACCGUGUUCCCACAGUAGCAUACUGGCCAGGGAAGAUCCCAGCAAAUGUGACGAGUCCUUUGAUGUUGAGCACUUUAGACAUAUUUCCUACAUUGGUAUCUCUGGCGAAUGCCACCCUUCCUCCCAACAGACGAUUUGAUGGAAUAGAUAUCUCUGAAGUCCUGUUCGGCUACUCAAGCAAAGGACACCAGAUGUUGUUCCAUCCCAACAGUGGUGCAGCUGGAAAAUACGGAGAAAUACAGUCCCUUCGGUUGGACCAGUAUAAAGCCUUUUAUCUUACAGGUGGUGCCAAAGCAUGUGAUGGAAGCAUUGGUCAGGAAGUACAUCACCGGCCACCUCUCAUUUUUAACUUGCGGCGUGAUAUUCAAGAGCAAGAGCCGAUGGACAUUCACAGUGCUGAGUAUCGUUCUGUCUUGCCAUUAGUAAAUAAGGCCUUUAUGGAUAUUCUUCAGGAUAUUGCUUCAGACAAUGUCUCUAUAGCAGAUUAUUCUCAUGAUGCAGAUGUGAUCCCCUGCUGCAACCCCCAACACUUGGCCUGCAGAUGUGAAUCUGCUUAUUCUAACUUAUCUUUGGAAAAAUGCUAAACAACUUCCAAAUUAACAAACAUCUGUCUUCCCAGAACUAGAAAUCAAAUGGGUGAAACUGCUACAGGAAGUACAACACUCUUGGUUUGGAUUUUAUAUAAUAAUUUGUCAUAUCUUUCUACAGAAUUUAGCUUGGCUCAUAACUGAAAUACGGGACUAAAAUGUUUGGAUGGCUAUUUGAUACCCCUUGAUUAAGUCCAGCUCAGCUAGAACCCAACAUCACAAUGUUAUGUCUCCUUGUCCCCUUUGCACAUCACAGAAAAGCAGGCGUGGGGUUGUCAGGGCAUAAGACAAUUGCACAAACAGAAAGGCAGGAAAGAACUAUAUUGUUAAGAUUGGAAAUGUUUAGCAGAACCAUGUGCAUUUCAUAAAGUCAGAUUAUAAUCCAAGUACCUCAAAGAAAGUUUGGCAUUGACUUGUAGUCAAUCCCAGGCAGCAAAUGCCAUCUAAAGUUAGACAGUGUUAAAUUUGAACAAUUAAGACAGUUGUGAUUUUUUGUAGUAAUAGAAUGUGGUUAAAUUUUUUUUAUCAACCAUUUGACAAUAUUACAUGUAACAGUUUCUUUUCACAGUCAUUCAGGCUCAUAAUAUAUUUUAUUUUUUUUAAAAAAAAUUGUUCUCGCUGUUGAUUUCCAAACUUGAUCUGUGUUUGAUUUUCCCUGAAAAGAAUAAUUGAGGCAAGGGAAAUAGGUGGCCACUGUGUUGUAAACAUAAAAAAAGGUUUCCAUGAUUUUACAUGUGCAGCAAUUUAUCCAUACAACUUAAUCUGGACCGAUAGCAAGGCUUUUCUUACUCUUUGCUUCACUUUGCUUCCUGAAAGGGAAGUGUAUGAAGGGGGUUAUGCAUGCAUUUAUUUCCCAAGUUACACAAGAAGAAGGAACAUGAGUGGAGACACAGCUCCUGUUAACCUCAUGAUUUUAUUGACAAAUAUUUCAGCAUUCCUCCAACUCUGGAAGUUGGGGAAUUUCUUUUUAUUCAAGUAGAUAAUUGCAAAAAUAUUCUGCAUGGGUAAAUUCUCAUGCGUAUACUGUACAAAGACAUAAACCAGUAGGUUCUUUUAUAGGUACAUUUAUACAUGGCAUAAAUAAGAAAAGGGCUAGCUGGAGUAUAAAAUUCAGCUUCAAUCAGAUGCAUUUAUACUGUGGUUCUUGAGGAGAGAAUAAUGUGCAUAUACAGUACAUUGAUACCAACCAUAGAGCAUUUUAAGAAAAUACACAAAAAGAGGGGCAGAAUACAUCAACUAGCAAAAGUGAAACAUACUGUGUGAAAAGUACUGGAGCGUCUCUGGUUUGCCCCACGUUUGUGGGUUCUUCUACAUUCCCCCUUGUUUUUCCAAACUACCUCCCAUCCGCCGCUCUGUGUUGUGUUGCUUGCCUCUCCUCAUGAUCGCUUCAUUUUGUUCGUCUGGCUUCCACGGCACAAGAUUAUCUACCAAAAUCAAAACAGAACGGCCUUACUUUCCCUGGUCAUGUGCGUUGAGCAUGGAGUGUUGCAAACAGGCUUGAGAUGCAUGCAGAGGGAAGCGGCGGGGAGAUGAAAGUCAUGGCAUCGUUUCACUUUUGGCAAAGCUGAUGGGUUUCUGGGCCUCCCUUAGGGCUUUGUCCUCAAUUGACAGAAAAGAUCUGACUCAGAAAUAAGUGUGUGUUGGAAUCUAGACUCAAAAUAUAUUCCUGCGUUAAACAAUGGUUCCUGUAUGUGUUUUGACUGCAAACGUACACACUGGAACAUCUUGAAGAACCAGCUAUUUAAACAUGUAGAAAAAAAAGAAAGGCAACAGCUCAGCAUACUGGCUAAAAGUAACAUUUAUAGUGUAGGUUUGUCACUCCAAUGGCCAUCAUGAGAAGCUGUCAAUAAGAGUACAAAACAGAGUUCUUGUAAGACACAGCAAGCCUUCUUGGCUCUUUGAAAAGUGUCUGAUGCUACUGUUUUUCAAAAUCUUAGUCACACUGUUGGUGCUUUACUUCACCAACUUUUGAUCCUAUUAGCAGUAAUCCAAAAUUUACAUUCUGACAUUACGAAGUCACAACUGACUCCAGCAAGAGAAUAUGGUACUACUGUUGCUAUCCUUCUUAUGCAACAUAGUGUAGCACUGAACAGGCCCUGUACUCUAGAGUGUAAAUUAUUAUUUCACAAUCAAAAACUAGAUGGCUCUCCUAAAGCAUUCGUGUUUAAAGGCAGAUCAAGACCUCAGUUUCCAUAGUUGUUCCCAUUUUCCAUAGAGAUUCAACAACUUUUAUCAUAUCCAGAACGAUUCCAAGUAGAGAAUGAUACAUGCCAUCAUUUCUGUAAUGACAUGUUUAUUGUAUUGGUACACAAUAAAAGACAAAUAAGGCACAUAAGGAAA